GAGGGCGAUUCCCAUUUUUCGCCUCGGGGUUUUUUAGGGUUUAAGCAUUAAGAACAAACCGUCGCUGGCUGCUGCACCAUUUCUUGUUUGCUUUUUAGGGUUUUGGGUUUUGAAGAGUUUUUAACCAUUUCUUCUUUGCUUCACCAUGUGGGCAUUACGCCGAGUUGCUAAUCCUCUCAAGGAUAGAAGGAUUAGCAUUCAAGCUUCUUAUGCUGCUUCUGCUAAAUUACAGAUAGCAAGUAACUACAUAGAAGGAAAGGCUGUUAUUUUCGAGUCUUCUCAAACAACAUCUGAUAAAUGUCCAUCUUUGUUGAGAUUUUACCAUUCAAGACAUGCUUCCUGUAAUUUCUCUGUUGGGAGGUGUGGCCUUUCUUCCCAAGCUGGUGCAGAGAGCAGUGGGGAGGAAGAUGACUUGGAAGAUGGCUUUUCUGAACUUGAAACACCUGCUACUGCUGAGAAGAAAGAAAAAUGCAAUGCUCAGGAUGAAGCUGAAGAUGGAUUGAUUUCUGAUCCAGAAUUAUCUGGCGAUGAGGAAGGUAUUGAAGAAACUGCUAAAAAUGAACUGGAAUUAUCAGAGGAUGAGACUGAUCUUAGUGACAAAAAGUCAUCCUCUGGAGGGAUUAUCUCAGAACUGUUCAAAGCUGUUAUCGCUGCUCCAGGUCUUUCUGUUCAUAAGGUUCUUGAUAAGUGGCUUGAGGAAGGAAAAGCUUUUAACAGACCUGAGAUUUCAGUAGCCAUGCUCAAUCUUCGCAAGCGUCGAAUGUAUGGAAGAGCAUUGCAGCUCUCUGAGUGGCUGGAGGCAAAUAAGCAGCUUGACUUCACUGAGAGAGAGUAUGCUUCUCGUCUUGAUUUGAUUGCCAAAGUGCAUGGUCUCCUAAAGGCUGAAAUGUACAUUGAGAAGAUCCCAUCAUCUUUCAGAGGAGAGGUAAUCUACCGUACUCUGCUGGCUAACUGUGUUGUUGCUAACAAUGUGAAGAAAGCAGAAGAGGUCUUUAACAAAAUGAGGGACCUAGAACUCCCAAUUACUUCGUUUUCUUGCAACCAGCUGUUGCUCCUCUACAAGAGGCUUGACAAGAAGAAAAUUGCUGAUGUACUGUUAUUAAUGGAGAAAGAAAAUGUCAAGCCUUCACUCUUCACUUACAAAAUCUUAAUUGACACCAAAGGUUUAUCCAAUGACAUAACUGGGAUGGAUCAAAUUGUUGAGACAAUGAAGGCUGAAGGUGUUGAACCAGACAUCCACACACAAUCCAUUCUGGCUAAGCACUAUGUGUCAGGGGGGCUUACAGAAAAAGCUGAGGAGGUUUUAAAGGGGAUGGAAGGAGACAACAAAAAAGAGAAUCGUUGGGCUUGCCGGUUUUUGCUUCCUCUAUAUGCAGAUCUUGGAAAAGCUGAUGAAGUGGAAAGAGUUUGGAAGGUUUGCGAAUCGAAUCCCCACCUUGAAGAGUACAUGGCUGCUAUUGAAGGUUGGGGAAAGUUAAAUAAAAUUGAAGAGGCAGAGGCAGUUUUUGAAAUGAUGUUAAAAAAAUGGAAGAAGCUUCCUGCAAGGUAUUGUGCCUCACUCUUGAAGGUGUAUUCAAACCAUAAGAUGCUGCAAAAAGGGAAGGAUCUUGUAAAACGUAUGGCAGAUAAUGGGUGCCAGAUUGGCCCAUUGACUUGGGACGCUCUUGUGAAGCUUCAUGUGGAGGCAGGGGAAGUGGAAAAGGCGGACUCAAUCUUGCAGAAGGCAUGCCAGCAGAACCAGGUUAAGCCAAUGUUUAGUUCCUUCAUGGCUGUUAUGGAGCAGUAUUCUAAGAGGGGUGAUAUUCAUAAUUCUGAAAAAAUGUUCCAUAGAAUGAGACAGGCUGGAUAUAUGGCUCGACUUCGUCAGUUCCAAUAUCUAGUCCAAGCAUAUGUAAAUGCCAAAGCUCCAGCUUAUGGGAUCAGGGAGAGGAUGAAAGCUGAUAAUAUAUUCCCAAAUAAGGCUUUAGCAGCACAACUGGCUCAAGUUGAUGCAUUCAGGAAGAAUGCAUUGUCUGAUUUGCUUGAUUAAGGAUUUCAGUGGUUCAUUCUGUUAUCCGUUUGAUGGCAGCCUCUAAUGCUAUGCACAGUUGUUAUCUGUUAUAUGUAGGUCAAAUAUUGGUUUUACCAUCUAGACAUUCUGCCUACUCCCUGGGAAAAUUUAAGAAAUAUGCUGUUAUUUUUCCUUUUUUAUGUGCUCUGACUGUAGCUUUUAGUUUCUGAAAUAUUGGUAACCCUUAGUAGGAGUUUGAAUUUCCUUGAUGGGUAAUUUUGGUGCAUGUUGAGUUUGGAAGAUAUGAGAGGGUACCAGCCGUCUUCUCGCAUAUCUUGUAAUAUAAAAUGUUCUUAAUUUGAAUCUUCUUGUUCUUGGUCA